AUGAUGGCAUGUGCUACAGUUUUUGUUCCAAAAAGGGAUGAGAGAAAAGAAUUGCUUGUUACCAUUGAAAAGGCUCUAACGAUUGGCAAGAAAAUUCAAGUGUACCGACCAAAAACUGACGUGAUCGGACGUGACGUUUGGUUUUACUGUCCUCCCGAUCAGUGUAGUCGCGUCCAGAUCAAUCCACCAGUGUCCACCACUCCUCAGACCCAAGGCACCAGGGACCAAGAGCACGACAGGGUAUACAAUAUCUCAGCACAAACAGUUGGAUUCCAUGCCUCUGACACACACAGUUCUCUCCAUCUCCUCGAAGUGAUUCUGAAAAAUGCUCAAGAAUUCACAUUAUACGAGGAAGUGGAGCAGACUGGGCUCAAUGUGCUACUCGAACUGAUCUACGUCCGACCAGAAGAAAGAAUAACUUACUCCCAACAUAUCAUUUUGUCAAUUUGCACUCACAUUUUCUCCAUAAAUCAAUGUUCCUGGAUGAAUAACCCAGGUCGUAUCGGAAUAUGUGCUUCAUCGUCACGUGAAGAUGUGUCAAGAUCCAGGAAUACACCUGUACGACGCGCCUCCUUCAAUCCACAAGAUGCGCUGUCGCCCUCGGGACCAUUUACAUCUCGCGGAAAUCACAGUCGGCGGUGGACUUACAGGCGCGAGCCUCCUCAUCAAAUGAACCCAGUCGCAAUUCCAAAUCAGAAUAGUCAGUGUCAAAGUUUUCGACAACACAUUUGGUCAAACAAUCUCCGAGAGAAAAACCAGCAUGGACGACGUCGGAGAAGAAAUAGAAACUAUUCAAACUGCCAAUCCAACGUGGAAGAGAUGGACACUACAGAAGACGCACCACAUUUUCCGGGUUUCAUGUUCGAUCCUUUAACACGAAAACACUUCCGAAUUGCAGCAGAUCACAGCGGGAUUAACAACUAUACUCACAAAGACAUUGUCCGAAGACGGAGAGAAACUGAUAGAUGUCAUCUUCUUGCUCAAAAGAGGAGUUUUCACACCAAACGAUCGUGUGUUCCUACUAUUGCGGCUGUUCAACAUCUUUCUUUGGGUGCUCGAAAUUUCAACCAUAUUGUGCGGAGUAUUUACGAAAAUCGUUUGUUGAGCGUUGGAUCCGUGCCGAACGCUGUGCAAGAGACAUAUUUGGGUUCCUCAAGCGAACAUGUGAAAGGUUGUCAGUUCCUGGAUAUUGUCGGAAACGGAGAUGAUGCGCAGAUUUUGGGUUGCUGGGCGAUCGGGGAUGGCUCGAGAAAUAGCAGAAAAGCUUCCAAGCUUGCAUGCUUGCGUGCUCGGUUUGAUGAUGAUGCUGCAAGGAGAACUGCUGCUAGAGUGGAUAAACUAGGUGAACGUGACGUCAACACGCCACUAAAUGCUCUGGGCCUUGAUUUUGUUCUUGAUGGCGAAACUGUGGACAUAUCGGAACCUGUUCUAGUUGACAUGACUGUAGCUCCUGUGGAUUCAGAUGUGACUUGUGUGCUGUAUGUCACCGCAGAGUCGAGGGUUACUGAACAAGGAAUUCUUUCAAUGUGUAAUGUGGUGCUACAACCGAUGUCUGCGCUAUGCACAGAUGAUGAUGACUUUGAAGUGCGCAAUUCGCCUAUCUAUAAUAUCCGUUGGUCUGUAGAGUCCUCUGCGAUCUACAGCUGCGCUUGGAAUUCCAAUAAAACUCGUAUAGCGCUCGGGAUGGAAGAUACUGCCAAAAUUAUGGAUGUGAUAACUGAGAAAUCAUUUGUGAUAUCAAGUCGCCGUCGGAAUGUCAUAAGUCAACAUUUCACAUCUGAAGGUGAUCUGAUCUAUAUGGGUUUGAGAGAUAGCGACGUCAUUCUGUCGGAUUUACGCAUGAAAAGUCAUCACGUGACAGGAUCGCUGAGAGGUUCACGAUCAGCUGGCUGGAUUCGACAGCUGCGAUUGUCAUAUCCUCAAUGCGUACUCAUUGAAAACUUCCGUGGGGAACUGAAACUUUAUGAUCUUCGGCGAUCAGAUCGAGAGCUGAUGUCCUUUAGUGGUCACCGCAAUACGCACUUCCGCCUACCGUGUACAGUGGACUGUCAGGAAAACUUUGUAUUUGCAGUUGGAAGUGACGGCUGCACUCGUGGAUGGUCUUUGGCAUCUGGAGAUCAGCUUUGUGCAGUCCCAUGUCCUCGACCGGUGGAUGACCGAACGGAUUUCCCACGAGUAGUGUAUUCGUCAGCGUGGGCGGGACGGGCAGGCAGCUCAGCACUAGUGUUGGCUGUCGGCGAUUCGUUGCGUAUUCACCAUGUAGAGUUUUGA